GAAUUUAGGGUUUUCAAAAUCAUCACAAUCGUUGAAUCUAUCUUGUUUCGUUUCACGAGGAAGCCAGAAACCGAUCAUCUGCUUCGAUGGUGAAAUCGAGGUUAUUAAAAAACAAUUAUUUCCAACCAUUAUUCUUCUUCUAAGGCGGAUAUCGAAGAGGAAUCGUUCUUCUUCUUCUUUAUGCAUAAACCCUCUUUUCACUUCUGUGUUUUCGUCUUGGAUUGUCCGCGAUUUCGUCGUGGAUCGCUUGGAAUUCGGGAGAUUCAGCGAAAUUGGAAGUUAGGUCCGCGUAGAACGAUAUCUAAGGAGAUUGAUUUGGAUCUCGAAAGAAGGAUACGAAGAAACAAGAGACCAGAUCUGGGUCUGAUCUGAUAUACAGAGAAGGAAGACAGAAUUCGAAAAAUACAGUUACAUGAUUUGCUCAUCAGUUUCGUCUUUUGUCAAACGAGAGAGAUAGAAGAGGAAAGAGAUCUAGAUCGAGUUGGCGGAGAACGAGAAGCUCAAAAAGAAAAAAGAAUCGGUGAAUUUAGCUCGAUUGGCAAACAAGAGGUGCAUUGAGAAAUUCGAAUGGCUAGUAUCUGAAUCUUCGAGUUUUCAUAAAAGGAUACAGGUUGAUUGAAGUUAUCAGAGAUAGAUCUAGAGAAGGAACAAUUACUUGCGGAAAUGAGCGGGCAUGCGCCGGUGAAGCUCGAUGAUGAGCAGAUUGCGGAGUUACGGGAGAUAUUCCGCUCUUUUGAUCGGAACAAUGACGGCAGCUUAACGCAGUUGGAACUUGGAUCACUCCUGAGAUCGCUUGGUCUCAAACCGAGUCAAGAGCAGCUUGAAGCUCUAAUCCAGAAGGCCGAUAAGAACAGCAAUGGCCUCGUCGAAUUCUCCGAAUUCGUAGCCCUCGUAGCACCCGAUCUCCUCCCGGCGAAAUCACCCUACACAGAGGAUCAACUCCGAAGGCUAUUCGGGAUAUUCGAUCGUGAUGGCAACGGUUACAUCACAGCAGCAGAAUUGGCUCACUCCAUGGCUAAGCUUGGGCAUGCUCUUACUGCAAAGGAGCUCACAGGGAUGAUCAAAGAGGCAGACACAGAUGGGGAUGGUCGUAUCAGUUUUGAGGAGUUCGCACAAGCUAUCACCUCAGCUGCAUUUGAUAACUCAUGGGCUUGAUUGAUGAAUGAUCUUCGGUUUGUACGGUCACACUGGUGGGUCUUCUUCUCUAUUGUUCGGUUUUUCUUUGUCACACCAAAAUUUCUCCCUUUCUCUAUAAUUGAUUCAUUGUAGUUUACAAAUAUAUUUGGGUACUCUUCAAAAUUGCCUGGAAUCGGCCAAUGGUCGAUCGGUUGUUUGUUGAGAAGAGAUUGCAAGGGGUUGAAUGUAUGUGCUCAAUGAUGGGUGUGGAUGUUUGAGCUUGUUAAUGUCAAUUUUUGAGGUUUCCUGUAUAUAUGUAGAGGAAGAUCUUGGCUUGAAUAUGAAUCUGAACGUUCAAAAUUUACAAAUUCAAGCUGAUCCAUAUGUUUUUGAUGGGAA